AUGCUUUUCAACAGUCAGAACCUGCUCAUGGGAAUCUCCUUGGUUGCCCAAGCCAUUGCUGUACCCGUUUUGGAGCCACGAGCGACUCUCGACAUAUCUGCGUUUUCUGAUCUUCGUCGCUCGGCUCAACUUUCUUCGGCUGCCUACAGUGGCUGCAGUGGAACAGCAUUUGAUAUUACCAUCACGAAAACCAUACGCGAUACCUUGACAGAUACUGAUGGCUAUAUUGGAUAUUCCGACAGCAAGAAAACAAUUGCUGUUGUGAUGAGAGGAUCCACUACCAUCGCUGAUAUUCUGGAUGACAUUGACACUACUCUCGUUACGCCUUCACUCUCGGGAGUUAAUUUCCCCUCUGAUGUGAAAAUUAUGCGAGGCAUCAACAGACCAUGGUCUGCCGUGCACGAUACCGUCAUUGCAGAAGUCAAGGCACUUGUCGCUAAAUAUCCGACCUAUUCGCUAGAAGCAACUGGUCAUUCGCUCGGUGGUGCUCUCACCUACAUUUCACACGUUGCCCUUGCCCAAAAUUUCCCCGGGAAAGCACUUACUAGCACUGCACUCGCUGCCUUUCCAAUCGGCAACUCCGCCUGGGCUACCUUUGCUAGCUCCCAAGCGGGUACCUUGAAGCGUGGAAACAAUAUCGCCGACGGAGUUCCGAAUAUGUAUGUAAGCGGGCUAUUCAAUUUCCAGCACUAUGGAACAGAAUAUUACAGCUCUGGUCUGUCAACGACCUGUUUCAAGUGCCAGGGACAGCGAGAUCUUCUUUGUUCGGCAGGAAAUCUCAUGUACGGUGUUACUGUUGGACAUUUCCAGAGCUUUGGUAUCACUAUGGCUCUCGCUGGUUGCAGAUAA